AUGAGUAUGAAUGGGCCCUGCAGUCACCUGCAGCUGCAUGUCCAAUGCAGCAAGCUGCCGCGCAAGGACACGCUCUCAAAAUCAGACCCAUUUGUGGUCAUCUACACCUUUGAUGAACGCAACAACGCCUUUGUUGAGUACGGCCGCACAGAGACGCUCUCCAACAACCACAACCCAGACUUUGCGACGGGCUUUGAUCUCUCCUACUUCUUCGAAACCACACAGAAACUUCGCUUUGAUGUGUACGAUGAGGACACGAAAGGCGGCAGUUUGCAGGCGCAAGACUUCAUUGGGCGCAUCGACACAACCCUCGGCAGCAUUAUGGGCGAAUACCACGGCCGUCUCACUGCGCCGCUACUCAGCAAAUCGGGAAAGAAGACAAAGGGCGUCAUCACGGUGUUGGCUGAGGAGGCCGCGAAGAGCGCUGGUGUUGUCAAGUUUCGCAUGCGCGCCACAAAGGUCGACAAGAAGGACCUCUUUGGCAAAUCCGACCCGUAUGUUGUCAUCUCCAGGAAUCUCAGCGGCUCCUGGGCAACCGUCCACAAGACAGAGGUGGUGCGCAACACGCUGAACCCCCUGUGGGCGCCGUUCGAGGUUGAUCUCACGCGCCUGUGCAACGGAAACCCGGAGACAGCCCUCAAGUUUGAGGUGUUCGACUGGGACCGUGUUGGAUCUCACGACUUCAUCGGCAGCUUCGAGACCACGCUCGCCGCAAUUCAGGCAGACCCACACGCUGAGCACCCGCUCAUCAAUCUGACAAAGAAGGCGAAGAAGCGGAGCUACCGCAACUCUGGCGUCGUCGCCUUUGACGAGUGCACCACCGAACUCAGGCCCUCGUUCGUCGAUUAUCUCCUCGGCGGUCUCCAGCUUAGCUGUUCCUUCGCCGUCGACUUCACCGCUUCAAAUGGCCGGCAGGACAUGCCGUCGUCACUGCACUUCAACUCGCCCGCACAGCGGAGUGCAUAUGCAACCGCAAUCGAGGCUGUCGGUAACAUCAUCCAGGACUACGACAGCGACAAGCUGUUCCCUGCGUUUGGGUUUGGCUGCCGCCUCCCUGGGCAAAACGUGACAUUCCAGCUGCCGCUCAACGGCCACUACGAGAACCCCAUGUGCAACGGUGUGCAGGGCGUGCUUGGCGCGUACUACUCCACCCUCCAGCGCGUGGAGCUCUGGGGACCAACAAACUUUGCCCCCAUCAUCAACAUCACGGCAGACAUCGCUGGCCGGCACCACGCUGCGUUUAUGGGCGGGCGCGCCGCCCCGACCUACUUUAUCCUCAUCAUCAUCACAGACGGCGUCAUCUCAGAUAUGGCAGACACCAUGGAUGCCGUCGUCAAGGCAUCGCAUCUGCCGAUGUCGAUUGUGAUCAUCGGGGUUGGCGACGCGGACUUCAGCGCCAUGCACGCGCUUGACAGCGACGACGCGCUGCUCGAGUCAAAGGGCGUCAGGGCCGAGCGCGAUAUUGUCCAGUUUGUCCCAAUCAACCAAUUCAUGUCGGGCCGCGCGGUGUCUGGUGCGGCGUUGGCGCGCGCCGUCCUGGCGGAGAUACCCGGCCAAGUCUUGCAGUACUGCCGCAAACACAACCUCCCUGCAGGCCCACGGCUGCCGCCCGCACAACCGGCAAUGGCGAUGGGGUCAGCUCCGGCGCAACUGCAGGGCCAGGCCUCGGCGCCCCCGCCAUACUCCGUCUAG